GCAAGGGGGAUUUGAAUGCUUCUCUAUAAAUUGACCACUACAGGAGGCCAAGAUAGUAAAAUUAACAUGAAGGGUUUACAAGGUUUUGUGAUGCUUAUGGAGCAUAAUAAACCUUACAUUGCAGUGCUCUUUAUACAAUUUGUAUAUGCAGGCAUGGCGUUGUUCUCCAAGGCUGCAAUUUCUAAAGGAAUGAACCCUUAUGUGUUUGUUUUCUAUAGACAAGCUUUUGCAACACUUGCUAUAACUCCAUUUGCUUUCUUUGUGGAGAGGAAGACUUCAGCUUCCCUAUCAUAUUACUUACUAUUGAAGCUCUUCUUAAUUUCUCUAUUUGGGAUUACCUUGAGUUUAAAUCUAUACUACUAUGCAAUGAAUUACACAUCUGCAACAUUUGCUGCUGCAACCACUAACACAAUUCCUGCCAUUACCUUUGUCAUGGCUGUUUUCUUCAGGAUGGAAAGCAUUUCAAUAAAGCAGUGGCAUGGAGUGGCCAAGGUGUUGGGUUCUGUAGUAGGUGUUUCUGGGGCAUUGGUAUUUGCUUUUGUCAAAGGACCCCAUGUGAAGUUUGUGAACUGGUACCCAGCAACCCACAAAGAAAUUUCAGACAUAAGGUCUAGUUCCAAAGUGGAAUGGGUAAAAGGUUCUCUUUUCAUGCUCUUGGCCAACACUGCAUGGUCUUUGUGGCUAAUUAUGCAGUCUAUGGUUGUGAAGCAAUAUCCAGCGAAACUACGCCUUACAACUCUGCAGUGCUUCUUCAGCCUCAUACAAUCAGCUAUUUGGGCAAUUUCCAUGGAGAGGAACAUAUCAUCGUGGAAGCUUGGAUGGGAUGUUCAUCUUCUCUCUGUGGCCUAUUGUGGCGUGAUUGUGACUGGGAUAAGUUACUGGUUGCAAGUGUGGGUUGUAGAGAAGAAAGGUCCUGUAUACGUAGCCAUGUUCACUCCAUUAGCACUUAUUAUAACAGCCAUCUUUUCAGCAUUCCUGUGGAAGGAGACUCUUUACUUGGGAAGUGUGUGUGGGGCAUUGUUGCUGAUAGGUGGGCUCUAUAGCGUUUUGUGGGGGAAGAACAAAGAGGCGAAAAUAUCAGAACCUAAUGAUGAGAACGUAUUGGAAUGCGUUACACAUGUGUGACUGAUGGACACAUUGUUGCAACUUGUAAGAUAUUUUUCAUAUAUUUAAUGUGACAUGUCACACUAGGGCAUAAUUAAUUGUAUAUACAGAAGCAGCUUGCUCCUAAAGUUCUUAUCUUUUGGAUUCCUCCGUCGUUUUGGUUGAUCGAAAACUAAUGAAAAAGAAAAAGGGAAAAUUAGAGUAAAAAAAAAAUUGUAGUUUUUUUUUUCCUUGAAGAAUUAUAAAAAAGAAAGUUUCAGAUUUCA